GAGUAAAAAUCACUUCCCAAACUGUAACAACUUCCCCCUCUGGUCCCAAGUGGAAAAUAAACAAACGAUGAGCUAGAGCUGUCAAAGUCCCAACUUCCACAGCCAUGUCCACCACCGCAACGAGCUCAGAAUCCACAGCGGAGCUAAUCCCCUCCCUCCCAUACGACGUCGCUUCGAACUGCCUAGCUCGGAUCCCACGUCACUACCACCCUAUCCUCUCAAUCCUAUCCAAGCCCAUCCGCUCUCUCCUCUCCUCCCCUUUCUUCUUCACCACCCGCUCCCUCCUCAACUCCGCCCAACACCUCCUCUACCUCACCCUCCGCUCCCCCGACCACCGCGCCACCUGGUUCGCCCUCUACCAAAACCCCAACCCCCGAAACGACGCCGUCCGCCUCCUCGUCCCCAUCCCGCCCGUCCCAAUCCCCGCUGUCGGCGCCGCCUAUGCCGUCGUCGGCCCGGAGAUCUACGUCCUCGGCGGGUCCGUCAACGACGCGCCGUCCAAUAACGUCUGGGUCCUCGACUGCCGCUUCCACACCUGGCACGCCGGGCCGCCGAUGCGCGUGGCGCGUGAGUUCGCAGCGGCUGGGGUUGUGGACGGCAGAAUUUUUGUGAUCGGUGGAUGCGUGACGGACUCUUGGACCAGGUCGAAAUACUGGGCCGAGGCUCUCGACCCGGGUUCGGGUGUCUGGGAGGCCGUGCCGAGCCCGGUUGAGGUUCGGGGCAAGUGGAUGCACGCGAGUGCGGUGAUAGGUGGGCGGGUUUAUGCGCUGGCAGACCGGGGCGGGGUGGUUUAUGACCCGAGAACCCGGGUUUGGGAGGGGGUGGAGAAGAGGAUGGACAUGGGGUGGAGAGGGAGGGCUUGCGUGGUGCAUGGGAUGUUGUAUUGUUAUGAUUAUUUGGGGAAGAUUAGAGGGUUUGACGUGAAAAAUCGAAUGUGGAAGGAGCUCAAGGGAGUGGAGAAGAAGCUGCCGAAGUUCUUGUGCGGCGCGACAAUGGCGAAUGUGGGGGAGAAUUUGGUUGUUCUGUGGGAAACCAAGGGAAAUGGGAAAGAUAUGGAGAUUUGGUGUGCGGAGAUUGAGGUGAAGGAAAAUGGAGAUGGGGAGUUGUGGGGGAGAAUCGAUUGGUCCCAGAAGCUUCUUUCGGUUCCAAAGCACUCCAACAUUGUACAAUGCUUGGCGGUUGAUGUUUGAUUGCAAUGUAUGCCACCAGAAUGCUACUUUUGCAAGGGAACUACAUAGGGUACUUAAAUUUAAGUUGCAAGCUGUAAUCCAUUAAGAGGACCGCAGCAAAAUUGGAAAGCUGCUGAAAGCACAUUUGGGAUCAAGUCCUCGAAUGCGUGUAGUGAAUGGAAUCAACCUGAUUAUAUCUUUCGUAAUGAUUGUGGUGCUGCCCAUGCAAGGAAUUUUAAUUUGUACAUAGCUGUAAUGGAAUAAAUAACUCUUCGUGUAAGAAAAUAAAACAAAUUUAGAGUUCCACCUGAACAAGUCUAGUAAAAACAUCCAAAAUUGAUUAUGUUUCAUUUGUC